AUAUUGUUUGUCAGUUGUCAAGAAAGAUAUUUUAUUUUCCGUUUGGAGAAUUUAAAGACCUCUCUCUACAUCCUCUUCUUUUUCUUUCAUAUUCAUAAAAAAAAAAAAAGAAAAAAGAAAGAAAUCUAGUCUUCUUUGUGGUGCUCCAUCCAGUGGUAUUUAUUUUGUUGAUUUAUUUAUAUACUUUUCUGAAGGAUGUGACAGAGAGGUGACUAGGAAUGAAGCUUGGUUUUUGUUUGUGAAGUUGUUUUGGGAACUAAUGUCAUUUUAUGAUGUCAAAUUUUAAUUUUAGUUAUUUUCCGCCUCUGUUUGAAUUUCUUAACUCUUGGUGGUUGAGAAUUAUGAUUUUUAGAUUCAAUUUCCACUCCCUGCUUCUGUUGCACUUUCUCUUUUCUCCUUACCUGGUUUAUUCUUCAUGUUUAAUUCUGGCCCUAGAUUAAUUAAUUGAUUUCUGUUCAUCUUUUAUCUUGGUUUUGCAUUCUUCUUUUUGGAAAAAACAGCACUUUAGAAACAUGGAACGAAAUGAGAAAGAAGUUGUAAAUGAUAUAGCUGGGAAUGCUGAACUCCAGGGGAAAGGAUGUGAUGUUCCCUUGAAAUUAGAGGGCCACAAUGUUUUCGAAUCUCCAAUGAUGUGUGCAUCUUUGAGGAGUGAUUGGCCAGAGAGCUCAACCCAUGAUUAUAUAGGUACAAGUAGAAUACAAGAUAGGGAUUCCAGUACAUGUGUAAUUCCUUUGGCUGGGUUUGUACCUCCCCAGACUAGUGCAUGUUCUAUGAAUGAUGUUGGAAAUGUGCUUGAAUUGACGGAGGGAAAUUAUAGGACCCGUAAUGUAUCCUUAGUUAGUAGCCCUUUGGAUAAUCGUCAAGGAAAAUGGCAGCAUCAUUUAUCUGAGUUGCCUUGUGAGUCUGUACGUAAGAAUUUACAGGGUGCUCAGGAUACCCAAGAAAUCUCUGCUUGUUUAAGGACUAACGAGAAGAGAAUUAUAUCAAGCUGUAAUGUAAAUAUGCCUAACAAUUUAGCUACUUCUAGCUCGUCUCAGCUAUUGGUAAACGAAACCUUGAAGCUAAAGGGGGCUUUUGGCCAAAAUGAAGAUGCUGAAGCUGGAUUUUGCAGUGCUGCAAGGAAGGUUGCAUCUGAUGCAUUGAUGAGAUCAAGUGCCAACAGCAAUCAGCUUUCUUUGCAUAGGAUUGAGGAGGUUAUUCCUGAAUCUUUACAUCGUGGGAUCACCUUGAGAGAAUGGCUGAAACAUGGGCAUUGCAAAAGAGAUAAAGUUGAAAGCCUUCUUAUAUAUAGGCAAAUUGUGGAGUUAGUGGAUUCAGCACACUCUCAAGGAGUUGCCCUGCAAGACCUGCGGCCAUCCUGCUUUAAUUUAUUGCCAUCUAAUAGGAUUGUGUAUACUGGUUCAUCUGCCAAGAAAGAAUGGAAGGCUGCUGUAUUUCAUGAUGUGCUUAAGAAAAGGCCAGUGGAAAAAGAUACUGGCCCCUACGGAAGUUCUGUCACAAAACAGCAAAAGCUCAGUGAGGACUUUACGUCUUUUGGACGCCAGUCUCAGUUUGCCACUAGUUGUGGCUUCAGGAUUAUGACAGAUGAGACUAACUUAUCUGCAAAUGGUGCACAAGACUCUAGGAAUGUUGGACCUCAUUCUCAGUGCCAUUCUAAUUACCCAAGUUCGUGUAUGACAACUAAACAACGAACUCUGUUUUUAGCUUUACAAUUGGAAGAAAAAUGGUACAGAAGUCCAGAGCAGCUGAAUGGGGUUUUUGUCACAUUUUCAUCAAAUAUCUAUAGCCUGGGAGUUCUUCUUUUUGAGUUGCUCAGCUGGUAUGAAUCACCUGAGACGCAUUCUACUGUUAUGUUGGAUUUGCACCGAAGGAUUCUACCAUCAAAUUUUCUUUCAACUUAUCCAAAGGAAGCUGGCUUUUGUCUUUGGUUUCUUCAUCCUGAGCCUUCAUCUCGUCCAACAGCAAGUGAAAUCCUGCAGUCGGAACUAAUUUGUCAGUCCCAAGAAUGGUGUUCUGGAAACGAUGUAUCAACAUGUCGUGACAAUAAUGAUGCCGAAUCAGAGAUGUCGCUUCAUUUUCUCCAUCUAUUGAAAGAACAAAAGCAGAUGCAUGCCACCAAGUUAAUUGAACAUAUUGGGUGGUUGGAAGAUGAUAUUAAGGAGGUUGAGAAAAGACAUUUCUUGAGGAUUUCCUCGCAGACAGAUGCAAGAGAACAAGGAUUGCAUCUUGGUACAAGAUCAGUUGCUAUUUCUGCUUCAUUUUCUGUCACCAAUAUGAAUGAGGAAAGGUCAAUGAGAAAUAUUAGCCAGAUUGAUAAUGCCUAUUUCUCCAUGAGAUCACGACUCCAUUCUUCUGCUUCUGCAUCUCGCUCUGAUAAAGAUUUUUUCAAGAAUCAAGAUAGGUUGUCUGCAUUUCAUAAUGAGAAGAAGGAGUCAAAUAUGAUUCAGAAACCUGCCGAUCCACUUGGGGCCUUUUUUGAUGGUUUAUGUAAGUUUGCUAGAUAUAGUAAGUUUGAAGUGUGUGGAUCACUGAAAAAUGGACAUCUCCUAGGUUCUACAAAUGUACUAUGCUCUUUAAGUUUUGACCGUGAUGAGGAAUACAUUGCUGCUGCUGGGGUGUCAAAAAAGAUUAAGGUUUUUGAGUUUGGCACACUUUUGAAUGAUUCCAUGGAUAUCCACUAUCCUGUAGUUGAGAUGUCAAACAAUUCUAAGCUUAGUUGUGUGUGCUGGAAUAACCACAUCAAGAACUAUUUGGCUUCAACUGAUUAUGAUGGUGUGAUUCAGAUGUGGGAUGCUGGCACUGGUCAAGGGUUCUCUCAAUAUACAGAGCACCAAAAGAGGGCCUGGUCGGUGGAUUUUUCACUAGCUGAUCCUAUGAUGUUUGCCAGUGGAAGUGAUGACUGUUCUGUGAGAUUAUGGAGCAUUAAUGAGAGAGGAUCUAUAGGUACCAUUUCGAAUCAGGCCAACGUCUGCUGUGUUCAGUUCUCAGCCUCCUCUUCUCAUUUUGUAGCGUUUGGAUCUGCUGACUAUAAGAUCUACUGCUAUGAUCUACGGCAUACUAGAAUCCCUUGGUGCACAUUAGCUGGCCAUGAAAAAGCUGUUAGCUAUGUGAAAUUUUUAGAUUCAGAAACCCUUGUUUCUGCAUCCACGGACAAUACUCUAAAGCUUUGGGAUCUUGACAAGACUAGCUCAAAUGGGUUGUCUUCUGGUGCUUGUCGCCUGACAUUUGGUGGUCACACGAACAAGAAGAACUUUGUAGGCUUAUGUACUCUGGAUGGAUAUAUAGCAUGUGGAUCAGAAACUAAUGAGACUGCAUCUAUGAAGUGGAAUGGGCGUUUAAAUUCUAUCCAUCGAAGCAUAGCUAUCAAACUGCAAUCAAAUGAGAGAGAUCUGUUAUGGCAAAGCCAGACUUUAUUAUUGAAUUUCCUCGAAAAAUAUGAGACAAGAGCAUGUUAUCCCGUACCUGUUUAUUGCUAUUAUCGAUCCUUACCAAUGCCUAUAACCUCUUAUAAAUUUGGAUAUGAUGAUUCUAUUUCUGGGAACAAGAUUGUCGAGGAUAAUGGACAGUUUGUUUCAAGUGUCUGUUGGAGACAAAAGUCAAACAUGGUUGUUGCCGCGAACUCAAUGGGAAAAAUGGAGGUAUUAAAGAUGGUGUGAGAUGUGGCCAGUUGUCCUCUUAAGGUUUUACAGCAGCUUCUUCCUGGAAGGCACGAAGCAGAACCACACCUUCAGCAUUUGGUAUUUGAGUGCCAGUCGGCAAAAACUUUGUCUAUACAGUUGGUUUUGGUAGGACAGUGGAUGAGUGUGACCUAUAGUUAAACACUAAGGAAACACAAGCUAGUCUUAAUCUCUAUCAUUUGCUGAGAAAAGAUUAUUUCAUGGAUGCAAUGACAUGCUGCUUCCCAUAGCUUCGCUUCAAUGUCAUAGCUAACCAGGCUGCUGGGUCAGUGAAGAUCAAAAGUCGAAGGAAGUCAGCAUGGUAUCUAAGGCAACUAUUUCAGAGACGGAUUCUAAGCUGCAAAUCCUGGAAAAAGAGCACAUUCCAGCCAAAGCUCUUUUAAACAAGAUAAAGGGGGGCUAAAUUUGGUUAAGAAUGGUAAGUUGUAGGAUAAAGAUUUUGGAAAGAGAGUAUGCACAGGCAAUUGGAUAUGAAACUGCCAUUUGAAGAUGAAUGUAAAUGGUUGGAACUACAAAAGAGGCUUAUGUUAUGGAUUGCUCCACAGAACUGAUCUUAUUUAAAAAAGAAAAAAUCAGAGAUUGUUUAGAAGUAUAUAACCUAUUACUGUGAAUUGCAUUGUACCUGAUUCCUAUCAUUGUUUGUGUAGAACUAUGAUCGGCUGUAACUGUCUUACAAAGCAGUUUGGUCAUAAAUCUCCUAUGGCUUGCAUCUUUUAUAUCUUUAACUGGCGAUUCAUGUGGUCCCGCAAAAUGGUAUCACUGCGGUAAAAUUAUAUUAUGAAAUUUGUAAAUGAUGUUUUAUAUUUAUAGCAAUAAUGAUUGAUCAA